AUGUCUGGACUUGCGGACUACUUGGCCAAGAAUUACCUUACGGCCGACUCAGACAAGAAAUCGAAGAAGCGCAAGCGGAAGAACAAGGAUGCCGGCCUCAUCAUCGACGACGAUGAUAAUCUGGGCUGGAAAGAGAAAGCAGACGAGGACGACGAUGAUGCGCCAAUGAUAGGUAUGGCAGCCCUGAUUCAUCCACCUUGCAUAAGUUCUGCGCUAACAUUCAAUUUGCUAGUUGGUGGAGGCACACUGAAAAAGUCCAAGAAGAAACCAAAGGGAACUGGCGCUGCUAUCUGGACAUCUGUGGGCGUGGCUGCACCUUCACACGCCGAACAACUUGCUGCCGAUGCAGCUGCCGCCGACGCCAUCAUCGCGGGAGCCGCCAUAGAACGACAAAAGGAAGCCGAAGCCGAAGAUGAGGCACCGGAGAUGGUCGACGCCGAUGGCGUGCUGCGAAUGGGAUCAGGUGCCAAAGCCGGUCUCCAAAGUGCCGCCGAGGUCGCAGCAGCCAUAAAAAAGAAGCAAGAUGAAGAGAAGCGCGAGGCCGAGCAAGUCAUGAAAAAGAUGGGCAGCGCAGCGCAAGAGACAAUCUACCGUGACGCCAGCGGUCGCAUAAUCAACGUCGCGAAGAAGCGCGCAGAAGCGCAGAAGAAAGCCGAGGAAGAAGAGCGCAAAAAGCGCGAAAAGGAAAAGGCCGCCCGCGGAGACGUACAAAACGCAGAAGCCGAACGCCGCAAACAACAACUAAAGGACGCGAAGACAAUGACUAUUGCGCGUUACGCCGACGACGCGGAACUCAACGACGAGCUGAAGGAACGUGGCCAUUGGAAUGACCCUGCGUCAGGCUUCUUACGCAAGAAGAAAGCGGGUAGAAGCAUCACAGGCAAGCCACUAUACCAAGGUCCUUUCCAGCCGAAUAGAUACAAUAUACGCCCAGGACAUCGUUGGGACGGCAUCGAUCGAGGAAACGGGUUUGAGAAGCAGUGGUUCAACUCAAGGAACCGAAAGGCAGAUAUCGAGAAGUUGGAGUACCAAUGGCAACAGGACGAGUAG